AUGGGUGAAAAUAUGCGACCAUCAGGUGCAACGCCACCGCCGUCAUCAGUUUAUCCUCAAAUGUUUCCAUUGAAUAAUCAUUCGAUCAAUAACGAUCCACAUCAUCAUCAUCAUCAUCAUCAUGCAUAUGGACCGUUUAGUUCAGGAUUUAGCGCGCUAGGAAUUUUAUUUUUAGCUUCAACACGUGGUUAUGAUGGACUUAGUCCAUUUAGCACACCUUAUAAUCGUUAUUGUUCAACGUAUCCAACAGGCAUUCAAACUAGUCUAUCUGCAGAUCAUAUGAAAAAUAUGUCUUCAAUCUCAACCUAUGGUGGUGCUCCGCAUAUUUGGUAUCCACAAAUAUUACCGUAG